AUGCGCGCUAUAAAUCUUUGCACUGUUUUGCUUGCGCUGGUAUUCCCGGCAACUGUCUCGGGUUCGGAAUGGCUGGUUAACGGGAAUGAGUUUAAGACAUUGUGUGGCAUGAUAAAUUUGGCAGAAGCAGCACUUGGAAAGAUGAAAGAAGCACAGGAAAUCACUAAAGGGGCGGCUCGAAUUGGAGCAAUGUAUUUGGAAAUGAGUGGAGACAGGGAUUUGAACAAAACUUGCGAAGGCGCGGGGAAAAGAAACUGUGCACUCCACAAAGUGUUUUGGAAUGAAUCGAAAAAAGAAUUGGCAACUAGGGGAAAUACAACCCUACUUUCGGUAGGAGGAUUGUCCGAACGUGAAGUGGUGGAGAUUAGAAAAAAGGUUCUUUCCGUUGCGCAGAUAUUCCAAAAUAUAACCAAAAAUCGGAGAUGGGUUUUGAAAGCAAGUGAUCUCGAAAAAGGUAUUAAUCGCGCGCUGUAUGGUGUUCCAUAUCGACCACAAGAAAUUAAAGCACGCAGUUCCGACAGGAGACAGGUAUGUGAGCAGCAACUCUCACGUUCACAAAAGCUUAAAGCGUCCGUAUCAUUGAGUAGGGAUUUGUUGUGUUUGUGCGCGCCUCGUAUGAAUUUGGGAUGGAAAGCCCAUCUUUGCUGCAAAGAGUGUGUUAGGAAUCAAAAUGAAGGUAUGUGGGAAACAAAUAAGAAUGCAACUGGAAGAUGGCACUUCCUUAAAAAGCAGUGCUCAAGUAUGGAAGGCCCACAAGAAGGGUUUAACAAACUGGUGGACAACUUUCGCAAGGCUACGUACGGCGGUGAAGAUGAAUGCAGAGGGACGGCAUAUACUUUGGGGGGUGGGGUUGGAUUCAGCUUUUGGCGCUAUCCGAUCAUGGCACACAGUCUCGCAGGUCACCGUGUGCGCUACGUGGUUAGGGGUAGGAACAGAGAUAUUAAGAAUAUACCGUGGAUGAGGGAGUUGUUAAAAGUUUUCAACGAAAUGAGGGAUCUGAAAGACUACGAGAAUGAUAAGAGAACGCUCGCAGAUGCCAUUGAAAAGCUACAAAAAGAGUUUGAAGAGUCAAACAGGAAAAUUGGCAAUGCCAAAAAUUAA